AUGUCUGUUGAAGAAAAACGGCCUGCCAAGAGGCGCAGAAUACAACAUGAACAGGCCAUCCAACGACUGGAUCUCCAGCGUUUUACACAGUAUUUCACGCCAGAUGCGGCCAUCAUCAUUGGAAGCUAUGUCAGGGUGAUUCUCCAUUUUGUAGGUAUAGCCAUUAUUUUAUACGUAUUGUAUCGAACUCUGGAAUCAUUCACAGUCGAAAUUCAAGCACGGUAUCACUACGAGAUGGAUGAGUUGGCAGAAAAAGCACGCAUUUGCCAUCGGAAUUAUGUGAAUCACAAUUGUGGACCUCACUUGAAGGGUGCUGUGUGGCAGAGCUUUUGCGAUGAAUGGGACAGAUAUCCUUUUUAUAAUAACUUGAUCUGA